UGUUGCUUUGUCAGCAAACCUAACCUAAUUUACAUUUAACUUGUACGGAUUUUAAUAUUUAUGCAAUAAAGCACAUAACUUUCUUGUGGAUAAUUUUAUUAAAUUAAACCAGCAACAUGUCGGAACGUAAAGUUUUAAACAAAUAUUACCCGCCGGAUUUCGAUCCUUCGAAAAUUCCUCGCAUGAAAUUAGCCCGAAAUAGACAAUACACGGUACGUUUGAUGGCUCCUUUCAAUAUGAGAUGUAAAACUUGUGGAGAAUACAUUUACAAAGGAAAGAAAUUUAAUGCCCGUAAAGAAGAUGUUGAAGGUGAUGAUUAUUUAGGAAUACGAAUUUACAGGUUUUAUAUAAAAUGCACUCGAUGCCUCCAAGAAAUAAGUUUCAAAACAGAUCCUAAGAAUACAGAUUAUGAGAUUGAAGCAGGUGCUACUAGAAAUUUUAUGGCUUUGAAAUUGGCUGAGGAACAAGCACAAAGAGAAGAAGAUGAGGAGAAGGAGGAAGAAGCUACUAAUCCAAUGAAAUUAUUAGAAAAAAGAACAUUACAAUCAAAACAGGAAUUAGAAUUAUUAGAAUCUUUAGAGGAACUGAAAGACUUAAACCGUAGGCAGCAAGCUAUUGACUAUGAUCAGAUGUUAGAACAGUUCGAUACACAAGCAGUUAAACAAAGGACAGAAAAGGAACAAGAAGAAUAUGAUGAAGAAUGUAUUAAAUCAAUAUUUGGUAAAAAGUUUAUUGUAGAGGAAGAAAUUGUGGAAUUAGAUGGAAGUGAAAGCAAUGAACCACCAAAAAAAGUAAUUAAGACAAAUGAAAGUAGAGAAGAAAAUAAUAAGAUUCCACCUAUAAUAGAUAAAGAUAAGCCUAAAGACCACCAAGGUACAAAACCAUUUGAAAAAUCACUGUGGUCUGAAAAUGCAGGAUCAUCAUCAGCAUCAUCAUCAAAUAAAAAGAAUUUGUUGGGUGUAGUUAAAAGAAAGAUAAAUUUAGGUACCAAAGUGAAUACAAACCCUACAGCUAUCAGUGCAGAGAAACAAGAAAUUCAAUCCGUGACAACAAAAGAAACAGAUGCUUCUAUGGAAGAAAACAAAAAUGUGAAUAAAAACACAACGGAAAAUGUACAUAAUUUAAUAAACAAUGGUCAUAGUGGUCUCUCCUUACUAGGAGCAUAUUCUGGCAGUAGUGAUAAUGAUAGUGAUUAA